UGAAGAAGGUCCCCAAAAUGGAGGUCACCAAGGUGGGGAUGGUCCCCAAAAUGGAGAAGGUCCCCAAAAUGGGGGAUCCCAUUGAAGGUCCCCAAAAUGGGGGGGUCACCAAGGUGGAGAAGGUCCCCAAAAUGGAGAAGGUCACCAAGGUGGAGACAGUCCCCAAAAUGGGGGGUCCCAUGAAGGGGGUCCCCAAAAUGGAGAAGGUCCCCAAAAUGGGGGAUGCCAUUGAAGGUCCCCAAAAUGGGGGUGUCAGCAAGGUGGAGAUGGUCCCCAAAAUGGAGAAGGUCCCCAAGGUGGAGAAGGUCCCCAAAAUGAAGGGUCCCAUGAAGGGGGUCCCCAAGGUGGAAAAGGUCCCCAAAAUGGAGGUCCCCAAGGUGGAGAAGGUCCCCAAGGUGGAGAAGGUCACCAAGAUGGGGACAGUGCCCAAAACUGGGGGUCCCCAAAAUGGGGAUGGUCCCCAAAAUGGGGGUCCCCAAAAUGGAGAAGGUCCUCAAAAUGGAGAAGGUCCCCAAAAUGGGGGUCCCCAAAAUGUAGAAGGCCACCAAGGUGGGGACAGUGCCCAAAAUGGAGGGGGGGUCCCCAAAAUGGGAGGUCCCCAAGAUGAAGAAGGUCCCCAAAAUAGGGGAUCCCAUCAAGGGGGUCCCCAAAAUGGAGACGGUCCCCAAAAUGGGGGUCCCCAAGGUGGAGAAGGUCCCCAAAAUGGAGAAGCUCACCAAGGUGGGGACAGUCCCCAAAAUGGAGGGGUCCCCAAAAUGGGGAUGGUCCCCAAAAUGGGGGUCCCCAAGGUGGAGAAGGUCCCCAAACUGGAGAAGGUCACCAAGGUGGGGACAGUCCCCAAAAUGCGAGGGGUCCCCAAAAUGGGAGAGUCCAAGAUGAAGAAGGUCCCCAAAAUAGGGGAUCCCAUAAAGGGGGUCCCCAAAAUGGGGACGGUCCCAAAAAUGGGGGUCCCCAAAUUAGGGUGGGGGUCCCCAAGUUAGGGUGGGGGUCCCCAAAUUAGGGUGGGGGGGGGUCCCCAAACUGGG